AUGACGAAAAACUAUAAUACAUCGCCACUAUCUCCGAACGUUUCAAAUGCAACCCCAAACACAAAAUUAUAUAAGAGUGAUGAUAUUCCAUUAAGUAUUUCGGCAUCGUUGCAAUCAUCAAUGCCGCGAACACGUGUUAAAAAGAACAAUCACAGCAACGGUGCUAGGGAGAAGGACAUCAUGAAUACGGAACAACAUCAAGAUAGCAAUGAUAGCAACGACGAUGAAAUUGACUAUACACAUAAUAAACGCAAUAAUGUUUACUAUUCAACAAUGAACGAAAGAAAAACUACUGGACAUUUACAUCGCAACAUAAAUAAUAAUAGUUCGACAAAUAUUUCAUCGACGAAUCGUUACCGUUGGCACAAUCAAUCCGAUGAAAUUGCAUUGCAUUCGUUGCGAAACAAUAGAACGAAUGUUACGGCCACCAAUAUCAAAACUGAAGCGAUGACAAUGCAUUCCAAUCACCGUUCGCAUCCCACGAACCGCAAGCAACAUCAUCUGAAUCAAAUUAACAACAAUUUCAUCAUUUCAAAUAAAAAGCAAUCGAUUCAUAACACGAAUGACGAUCAACAUUCCAUUGACCAAAAUAACGGAAAUCAUUAUCCGUCUAGACUUUAUCACUGA